AUGAAACAGGGAAUGCCGAUUCGAACUGUGAAAAUCCCCCCGUUAAAUAUGAUGCCAUUAUCCUGGCUAAAGCUGGAAUUGAACGACUCGGUUGGUCCGAUCGUAUUGAUCAAUCAAGGUGCGUUAACCUGCCAGUGUCGACAGAGUGACGAAUUUAUCCUAUCUAUCCUGUCGACUUUGCAUCGUGAAUCAGCAGCCCUGAGUUCCAUCGCAGAACGUUCCCUAAUGUGUGGUCUGGAUGGUGGCUGUUCUACUCCCAUCGGUGUGCGUAGCCACCUCAGUCCGAACACAGGUGGACAUCCCUGGUUCCUCUCAAUGGAUGGUUGCGUGAUGAGUUUGGACGGUGCGUCAUGUGUGCAGUGUUCUUUGGGUUCGGAAUUGCCACACCACGUAGCCACCGGUCAAAAACGUCAGCAUUCAAUCGCUUUGCCUGAGGGACUCGGGGAACACGAGGAUGGGGAUUCCCUCCGCCCCAUGAAAAAGAAACUACCAACAGAGAAGAACGAAUCGAAUGACACUCGAGCAGCGGAUGAGGAAGAGGAGGAACGGGAACCCUCGUCUACGUCUGGAACAGAUACAAAGCAUGGUAUGAAAGAUGAUCUGGAACUGUUAGACACAGCCCCGACAACAGCUGAACUCCGUAUGGCCGAGGAUCAGGAUGCCUUGUUUAUGGGCGUGCAAGUGAAACCUAUCUGUGCGGUAGCUCGUCUUCGUAUGGCUCGAGCGGAAUCUUUGGGUCGUGCUUUAGCCAAACGUCUUCUUGAUUCCGGAGCCCGGCAGAUUCUGGGGACGAUUCGGGCACAAAACACGUUAGUUUCGCGGGAACCGCAGCCCCAGCAGCCGUCAGGCGAGACCGCAACCACAAAGCCCCAUAUACCUCAGAAUGUAUCGUAG